AGCUAGAUAGAUUACGAGUAAUAUACACUGCUCGUCACCUUCACCCUUGUUCACUUUCGAUAAGAAAUGGUUUCAACACACAAUAAAAGGGUUUCCAUUGUCCUGUUGAUGUUUCUGGGGACAUGGGCAUUUCAAGCCGUGUCCCGUGUGCUGGAUGAGGAAACCAUUGUUCAGAAACACCGGUUGUGGAUGAUUCAGUACGGACGUGCAUAUGUGAAUGAAGCAGAGGAGGGAAGGCGUUUUAAGAUAUUCAAGGACAACCUUGAAUACAUCGAAAAUUUCAACACCUUGGGGAACCAAACCUAUGAGUUAAGCCUCAAUAUAUUUGCAGACUUAAAUAAUGAAGAAUUUGCAGCCUCACACACUGGAUAUAAGGAUCUUCCCAUUGCAGGAACAUCAAAGAAAAGCACAGUUUUCCGAUAUGAGAACCUGACAGAUUUCCCACCUAGCGUGGACUGGAUACAAGCUGGAGCUGUCACCAACGUUCAAAAUCAGGGUGAUUGCAAUUGUUGCUGGGCAUUUUCUGCUGUUGCUGCUGUGGAAGCGAUCAUCCAGAUUAAGACAGGCAAUUUGAUCUCACUGUCUGAACAACAGCUGGUGGAUUGUGUAGACAGCAAUGAUGGCUGUAGUGGCGGUUGGAUGGACAAUGCAUUUCACUACAUUGUACAAAAUCAAGGAAUUACUAGUGAUGCAAAUUACCCGUAUAAGGCAACAGAUAAAAAGUGUGAUUCUAAGAAGGCAGCUGUGUCAACUGUCACAAUCCAUGGCUAUGAAGAUGUUCCUGCAAACAAUGAGGCAGCGUUGCUAAAGGCUGUGAGCAAGCAACCUGUAUCAGUUUGUCUUGAAGGUGCAAGCAAAGACUUCCAAUUCUACUCAAGAGGAAUCUUUACUGGAAAAUGUGGGACUUCCCUAAACCAUGCGGUUACUGUGGUAGGGUAUGGGACAAGUGAAGAUGGUACAAAGUACUGGCUGGCCAAGAACUCGUGGGGCAUAAACUGGGGUGAGAAAGGUUACAUGAGGAUUUUGCGAGAGAUCGAUGCUCCUCAAGGUCUUUGCGGUAUUGCCAAAAAGGCUUCUUACCCAAUUGCAUAAAUACCACCUAGUUUCACUAGGGCGUUGGCAUACCCCCAUUUACUUUACUAUUAAUUAAGUGUAUGAGUGUUGUUGUAAAAGCAAUAUUAUCAGCUCAAUAAUAAGAUUGUAUCAAU